AAAAAACCUUUUACUGAAGUAAUUAAAGCCAACAUUGGAGAUGCACAUGCAAUGGGACAGAGGCCAAUUACCUUCCUCCGUCAGGUAGUGGCACUGUGUACAUACCCAAACCUGUUGGACAGCCCAAGUUUUCCAGAAGAUGCCAAAAACCGAGCCAGGCGGAUCUUGCAGGGUUGUGGAGGAAACAGCUUAGGAUCUUACAGUGCCAGUCAAGGUAUAAAUUGCAUCCGUGAAGAUGUUGCUUCAUAUAUUAAAAGAAGAGAUGGUGGGGUUCCUGCAGAUCCAGAUAACAUAUAUCUUACCACUGGGGCAAGUGAUGGUAUUGCUACAAUUUUAAAGAUCCUGGUCUCAGGAGGUGGAAGAUCCCGAACAGGAGUGAUGAUCCCUAUACCACAAUAUCCUUUAUAUUCAGCAGCCAUAUCUGAACUAGAUGCUAUCCAAGUGAACUACUAUUUGGAUGAAGAAAAUUGCUGGGCCCUAGAUGUUAAUGAACUUCGUCGUUCCUUGAAUGAAGCUAAGGCGUACUGCAAUCCAAAAGUCCUCUGCAUCAUCAACCCUGGAAAUCCCACAGGACAGGUGCAAAACAGAAAGUGCAUUGAAGAUGUGAUACACUUUGCCUGGGAAGAGAAACUUUUUCUUCUGGCUGAUGAGGUUUACCAGGACAAUGUGUACUCUGAAGGAUGCCAGUUCCAUUCUUUCAAAAAGAUUCUGUAUGAGAUGGGACCCGAGUACUAUAACACUGUUGAGCUGGCCUCUUUUCACUCCACCUCUAAGGGAUACAUGGGCGAAUGUGGCUACAGAGGAGGUUACAUGGAGGUCAUUAACUUGCACCCAGAAAUUAAAGGACAGCUUGUUAAGCUACUUUCUGUUCGCCUUUGUCCUCCAGUCUCAGGGCAAGCAGCAAUGGAUAUUGUAGUGAAUCCGCCGGUCCCUGGAGAAGAAUCUUAUUCGCAGUUCAUAAAGGAGAAGGAGUCUGUUUUGAACAAUCUUGCCAAAAAAGCCAAACUAACAGAAGACAUGUUUAAUAAGGUCCCAGGAAUUCACUGCAAUCCACUUCAGGGAGCUAUGUAUGCUUUCCCACGGAUUUUUAUUCCUUCCAAAGCCAUUGAGGAAGCAAAGACUCAUAAAAUGGCACCUGAUAUGUUCUACUGCAUGAAACUUCUGGAAGAGACUGGAAUAUGUGUUGUACCUGGAAGUGGAUUCGGCCAAAGAGAAGGAAGCUACCAUUUCAGAAUGACCAUUCUUCCUCCAGUAGAGAAGCUGAAGAUCUUACUGGAGAAAGUUAAAGACUUCCACAUAAAGUUUCUUGAAAAAUAUGCAUGAAACUACUGUGGCUUUUUCCCUUCAUCUCCUCCACUUCCAAGCUGAAUCCAGAAAAUUAACAAAGAUGUGCUAAGAAUGUGCUGUUCAUCUAAUUUAACUAAAUUCAAAAUAGAUAGAACCAAUCUUGGAUACUGCUACAACUUAUUUGAAUAUUAAAUUUAACAUCUAGUAUAGAAGACAUUGUUAUACCAACUUUUUUUUUUAAGGGGAAGAG